UUGCAAGAAAAAUACUAAAAAAGAAGCAUACACACACACACAACAAGCGAUCAAUGUUGCAACUUGCAGUCGGCACCAAUCUUUAGCCGGUAACAACAAUAAAAAUCUUAACUCGUGCUUAUCCAAGACGUAAAGAGCCAUUCUAUCAGUAACAGUAACAUGUAUACAUUGGGUACUGGAGGGCCACCCUGCUUGCGGAGACUGGUGUGUUAAGUUCAGCUGCUCUGCUUGACAGCUGGGCAUGGGCCAUCGGAGUGUGCAUCCAUGUAUGCUCAGUAUGAGAUCACUCUCCAUGAGUACACUUGUUUUAUGUGGUUUCUGGGUGGAAAGAGAGCCCAUGAGCCAUGAGAAAAAGGCACACUUUUCUUUCCAGCUUAAAUUGCCGACCGAUCAGCACGCUACUUUGAUUGAGUCCAGGUCAUGCGGCAAAGUACACCACCAGCGAUGAAUAUUUCAUUACUAGAUAAAUGAUAGAGUUUGUGCGUGCUGUACAGCGACGCAGCUGGCCAAUACGUCCGGUAGAAAAGACGAUCAAUGGACAGAAGCGUGCUCAAUUUGGGGGCUUAUCGUGUGAAAGUAAAGCUGAAUCUAAGCGUAACCUGAUUGGAUCAAUUAGCCCCAGUCAAUGGCUCGAUGCGAAAAGGGAGAAGGCUGGCAACCGAAUACAUAGCAGAAGCUCUAGCUCUUUUUUUCCCCUAAAAAGCCUAACUUGUCAAUUACUCCCUCCGUUCCUUAAUAUAGAGCGUGGCUGUUGUAGUUACAAAGACCAAUAAAACCGUUUAAAUAUCAGAUACGCUGAUUAAUUCUCUCCGUUCGAAGAGCGACGUUUAGGUAGUUGCGCGGUAGAUACGCUAGCAUUAACCACCAUGCAGUGUGCGCUCGACCUGCACUUUCCGCGCGAAUAGCCAGCAUGCAUGUAGAUGCAUUUUUGCUAGCACGCUUUGCUCGCCUGGCAUAACGCCAUGUAUGGAUUGUUUUGAUUCAAAAAUUUGGAAAGCCCCAUGCAUGCAUGCUUGAUCGAAAAUUUGGAUGGCGCCAUCAGCGAUAAAAAAUGAAUCGAAAAUUUUCACUUGGCGCCACUAUUUGCCAGCAAAAUUUUCUCCUAUAAAUAUGGGCAAUGCACCACACAUUUCUUCCAUCUCUCUUCUUCCCUCCCAUGGUUCAACGUAUGUAAUGGCCGGUUUUGAUCUAAAUCCACCCAUCAUCAAUUGGGACGAAGUUGAGGAUUUCAAUGGAGAUAUAUCUGAUUUGAACUAUGACUUUGUUUGGGAUUAUGACAAUGAAGGUGUUCAUAGGAGCUUCUUCUCUUGCUUUGUCUUCUUUUUUUUCUUGUGCAUGUGUGACUUUAUAAUUUUGUUUCAACGCACAGAUGGUGAAGAUGUCAAUGGCCGCAGCAGUGGCAACGACGGUGGCUGCAACGGCAGCGACGACGAUGGCGGCGGCAGCGGCGGCGGCGACGACGACAGCGGCGGCGGCGGCGAUCAAACCACCGAUGGAGCAGUCGAUGCAGGUAUCAAUAUCAAGAGGAGGAGACACUACCCUCCUGAUAUGAAACGAGCCAUAUAUGCAUUGUGUUUGGAGAGAUCGGAUCCUGGUAUGAUGAAGGAGGGAGUGACAAAGUCAGUUGCUACUGAUAUGGGGGUUCCAUGGAGAGUUGUUUAGCGUGUAUGGCGACAUGGACAAAUUGGAGGUGGAAUUGAAGCUUUCGAAUCGAAGAAGAAGAAGAACUGUGGCCGCAAGAAACUUUCUUUUAACCCUGAUGCCAUCAAAGAUGUACCGCUUAGGCAACGCCGAACACUCCGUGACCUAGCUAACGCUUUGCAUAUGUUAAAAACCACAUUGUUUAGGCGUUUGAAGGAAGGAAGGUUUAGGCGCCAUACAAAUGCCAUAAAGUUCACCUUGACCGAAGAUAACAUGAAGGCCCGUGUGCAAUUUUGCAUACAAAUGCUUGAUAGCCAAAGCAUACCGGACAAGCCAACUUUCAAAUCUUUGUACAACAUUGUGUAUAUAGAUGAGAAAUGGUUUUAUAGGACAAAGCCGGACGAAAAUUAUUACUUGUCACUUGAUGAACCGAACCCUCGAAGAAAUGUGAAGAGCAAAAAUUUCAUUGAUAAGGUUAUGUUUCUAGCAGCGAAAGCCCGUCCAAGGUUUGAUGAGUAUGGUGAAUGUACAUUUGAUGGAAAAAUUGGGAUUUUUCCCUUCACUUACUGGGAGGCAGCCAAGAGGAGUAGUCGCAGUAGGGAGAGGGGAACCAUGGAGCUCAAGGCCAUGACAACUGUCAUGAGGGACAUUAUCCGGAACUAUCUCAUUGAAAAGGUUCUGCCAGCCAUCAAACAUAAAUGGCCUAAUGAGGAACGAGGACUUCCAAUAUUCAUCCAACAAGACAAUGCGAAGACCCAUAUUACAGUUGAUGAUCCCGCAUUUUUAAGUGUUGCACAAGAAGAUGGGUGGGAUAUACGACUUACAUGUCAACCACCAAACUCUCCAGAUCUUAAUGUUUUGGAUUUAGGUUUUUUUGCAGCAUUGCAGUCAUUGUUUCAGAAGUCAUCUCCAUCAAACAUCGAAGAAAUUGAGACAAAUGUGAUCAAAGCAUAUGAAGAAUAUCCGGCGGAUAGAUCGAAUCAUGUGUUUCUUACUCUACAAGGGUGCAUGAGAGAGAUUAUGCUUGUAAAAGGAGGGCAGCACUAUGCAAUCCCGCAUAUGAAGAAGAGAUCAUUAGAGAGAAAUGGUCAACUUCUAAUAAGGUUGCAAUGUGAUAAGCAAAUUUAUCUAGAUGCGGUAGAUUUCAUCAAUACAUAGUUAGGAUAUUUCUCUUGUAAUUUUGCAUC